AUGCGACAUUUAACGGCGCUACAGAAGGCAUUCCUCAACGCUAUGCUACAUAAAGAUGAUAGUGAUGUCACAAGAUUCCUUUGGCUGUCGGACCCUACAGACCCAUGCAGUUCACUGACGACAUACCGUUUCCGAGCUGUUUUAUUCGGAGCAACGUGUUCCCCAUUUAUUCUAAGCGCAACAAUUUUGAAGCACUUGACCCUGAACAAAGACAACCCAGCUGCGAGCACAAUCAGCAAUGACCUAUACGUCGACAACGUCGUUUCAAGUUUCACAUCAGAGACUGAUGUACUGAAGUACUUCCGCCAGGCACGUGAGUUGAUGGCAGCCGGCGGCUUUAACCUGAGAUCAUGGACGUCAAAUUCAAGCGAACUGAGGGCUAUGGCAGAAGCUGAAGGUGUCGUAGACAGGGAUGCUGUGAUAAAGGUGUUAGGUUUGCUAUGGGAACCGGAAAUAGACCAGAUGUCAUUUGUCAUGCGCUCCAUAAAUUCCAAGGAAAAGGCUACUAAGCGUGGAAUUUUACAGCAGACGUCGACGAUUUAUGACCCGCUUGGCAUGUUAGCCCCAGUCACCAUUCGUGCAAAGUUGCUGAUUCAGGACCUGUGGAAGCGGAAGUAUGCGUGGGACACACCAAUUCCGGAACGUGAACAAAACACCUGGCUACACAUCGCAGAAGACUUAAAUGAAGCUAUGACGACAUCGUUCCCGAGACUGUAUUUUCUGGACAGCCCACCGAACAUGGUCGAUGAAGAUUACGUGUUACACGUGUUUGUUGACGCCAGUACACGUGCGUACGGCGCAUACCUGAACACAUCGUCGAAUUCAGCGUUCGUCUUUGUCAAGAACCGAGUUGCUCCAGUAAAUGAAUUAUCUCUACCGAGGCUGGAAUUAAUGGCGGCGCUCAUUGGCGCACGUGUCGCCCAGCACAAUAUGAAAGCUGUUCUUUGCAAGAGAGUAGUCUGCUGGUCUGACAGUCAGAUCACGCUGCAAUUGAUACAUUCUACAAAACAAUUAAAACGUUUUGAGAAGAACAGGGUAGAAGAGAUCCGGAAGCUCAUCUCAGACGCGGACUGGCGGUAUUGUCCGACAGUCGACAAUCGGGCGGAUCUCCAGACACGCGGCAUCUUUGCGUCUCUACUCAACAUUUACCGAAUGACACACAAUAGUCAGGCGUGUCUUGCAGCACGGGGCACAAAAUGGAUGUUCAUACCGUAA